UGUGUGUGAGAGAGAGUCAGAGAGAGAGAGAGAGAGAGAGAGAGUGUGAGAGAGUGCGUGUGUAAGUGAGAGAGAGGAGUUUCUGCGGGGAGACGCUCCGAUGGUGCUGAAUUUUUCCAAGAUGUCGUCGCUGGAACAGAGACUCUCCCGAAUCGAGGAGAAACUGAAGCAGGAAAAUAACGAACCUCGCAGACGGAUCGACCUCAACAUCGACAUGAGCCCGCAGCGCUCGCGCCCGAGGCCCAUCAUCGUGAUCCAGCUCAGUCCUGCUCCAGCCCCUUCCCAGCGCGCAGCUCUGCAGCUGCCGCUGGCCAACGACGCCGGGAGCCGCUCCUCUUCCACAGAGAGCUCACCACAGCACAACUCGUACCCCAGUCGACCACGACACAUGCUCACGUUGCCUACUCCACCCUAUGGCCUGCAGAAAAGCCUGGAGAAUGCUGAAAUAGACCAGAAACUACAGGAAAUUAUGAAACAGACGGGUUACCUGAAGAUUGACGGACAGCGUUACCCUGCGGAGGUGACGGAUCUGAUCAACGAGGGCGAGAUCGGAAGUGGUACCUGUGGACAGGUGUUCAAAGUGCGCUUUAAGAAAACCGGCCAUGUCAUCGCUGUCAAGCAAAUGCGGCGGACGGGUAAUAAGGAUGAGAAUAAGAGGAUUCUUAUGGAUCUGGAUGUGGUCUUAAAGAGCCACGACUGCCCGUAUAUCAUCCAGUGCUAUGGAGCGAUAGUCACCAACACUGACGUGUUCAUUGCCAUGGAGCUGAUGGGGACGUGUGCAGAGAAGCUAAAAAAGCGGAUCCAGGGGCCCAUACCAGAGUGCAUUCUGGGGAAGAUGACUGUGGCGAUAGUAAAGGCUCUGCUGUACUUGAAGGAGAAGCAUGGCGUCAUCCACCGAGACGUGAAGCCCUCAAACAUCCUGUUGGACGCUAAAGGUCAGAUCAAGCUCUGCGAUUUUGGAAUCAGCGGCCGCCUCGUCGACUCCAAAGCUAAAACCCGCAGCGCCGGCUGUGCCGCUUACAUGGCGCCUGAGAGAAUAGACCCUCCGGACCCCAGUAAGCCUGACUAUGACAUCAGAGCCGACGUUUGGAGUCUUGGCAUCUCUCUGGUGGAGCUGGCCACAGGACAGUUCCCGUAUAAGAACUGCAAGACAGACUUCGAGGUGCUGACCAAAGUGCUACAGGAGGACCCUCCUCUUCUGCCUCUCAGCAUGGGCUUCUCCCUCGACUUCCAGUCCUUCGUCAAAGACUGCCUCACAAAGGAUCACAGAAAAAGGCCAAAAUACCACAAGCUGCUUGAACACAGUUUCAUCCGGCGCUACGAAGUGGUGGAGGUGGACGUGGCGGGCUGGUUUCAGACCGUGAUGGAGCGCACCGAAUCGCCACGCAGCAGCCAGUGCUACAGCCAACACCAGCUCCACUCGCUGUUCAGCAGGUAGCCGCACAAGCCGAGACGGACGGAUGGAGAGAGAGAGGGACGGACGGAGAGAGAGUGUGGAGGGGUGUGUGUGUGUGUGUGUGUGUGAAAAGGGGAAAGGAUGGAGCAAUUAAUAAAAGGUCGGUUUGAGACAGAGUAAAGAUGACUGACAGACAGACACGGGCAAGUGUAUUGUAAAUUUGAAACCUAUUUAUAUUUGUAUGUAUCCUUUCUUUUCAUCCACCACUCUAUCAGGACGGACGUUAGCCUUAGGAGUUGCUAGUCAUGCACGUUCACGUGUAUAGUGUCAUACACAUUCACUACCGUUAUAAGCUAUAGAGCACUGUACAGUGUAAAGCGACAGCUGUGAAUAUCAUCACUUCUUACAUCACGUAUUGACUUCAAAUCAGUGUAAGCCAUAUGGCUGCGCGGUGUGUGUAGCCGCCCUGCAUAGUGUGUGUACAGUUUUGUGUUCGUAAUGAUACCGUGUCCUUCACCACGGUCGUUAGCUCCACAUCCUCCAUUAGCCCCUUACUCAGGGACUGAACAGAGUAGUCGAACAACACUGAGCCAAGGUGUGUGUGUGUGUGUGUGUGUGUGUGUGUGUGUGUGUGUGUGUGUGUGUGAGUGUGUGUUUUGUGCAUUUGUGAGUAGUCUUAUUAGAUCGAAAUUUUAAUAUAUGACAAGUCCUCAUUUUCCCGGACAGCUCGCGUGUCCGUAGAUAAUUUCAUCAACUCAAGGAAAAUAGAUGGAAGCAGUAGUGUACUGAAAUGUGCGUUUGUCCAUCAAAUAUCCGAUCUAACACACGGUUAGAAAACUCGGACUUGUUAGAAAUAGUGCUUAAAAGUGACUGACUUUCAACAUUUGUUGAGGGGAAGUUAUUUUGCUGUAACAACAAAAUAAUAAUAAUAAUAAUUAAAAAAAAAUUAGUUUAGCUUGUAGCGUUUAAUCUAGACCAUACUUUUAUUACACACACCUCAGGAGAGUUAUAGGCAUGCAAGCGGGAGAGCGACUGAGAGGAGAAUUGUUUGCUGAUCGUAGAUAAGAUAAGAUAAUACCCACCUUACGCUCGGUUUAUGCUUCAUCAGAAGCGCCGGGACCUUCCUGGUCUUACAGAAUAUCCGAGACAAUAUUUCUCAGCUAUUUGCAAGUAGUAUCCAGAUGGAAGACGCCUUUUUUGACUAGCUUCAACAGAGGUGAGAUUGUCAUAGCUUUCGACGCGACCUUAGGAAGGAAGUAUCCUAUCAAGGCAAUGUUGGACUGGGAUACAUUAAAAAAAUGUAGCUCGCUAAACCACACAAAACAGUGACUUCAUAAGAAACGGCUUUAUUGUGUUGACUUGGCCAACAGGACAUUAACAUCACCUGGUUGAAUAAACAGGACAAUAAACAUUACCAUGUCGCUGUUGGGGAAAUGUCGCCGUAGCAAUAGCUUCGCUACUUUACAUCGCGUCUCAGACAGAGUUUAUCGGGUUAAAGGUGCUGCCAUUUGCCACCAAUUUCACCAUUUGUUUGUCGCUACUGGCCAAUCACAGCACAAUUGGGCAGCACAUUUGGCAAGUUUGGAUCCAGUCAUUGACAUCCCGCAAUCGUGAACGUCUCGAAAGUGUUUUUCUGACGAAGGGUUCAGGAACCACGUUGGAAUGAAGUAUAGACCAAGCUUCAGAGGAUCUAUUGCAAGAAGUGACCGAGCAAAAAGGAGAAAAAUGGGCAUUGUGGCUAAGCUGUUUUUUUAUAUACACUACCGGUCAAAAGUUUAGACACACAUUAUUUAUUUAUUUAUUUAUUUAUUUCCCACAUUUUAUAAUAAUAAUAAAGUCAUCAGAACUCUGGAGGAACACAAAUGGAAAUGGGAAUUAUGUUGUUAUAAAAAAUCCAGAAUAAAUCAAAUCAAUUUAGUAUUUCAGCAUCUUCAAAGUAGACGCUCUUUUUGCCGAGAAUUUCCAGAAAUGUAUUCUUGGCGUUUUCUCAACUGAUUUCUUGAGGAAUUUCCCUGAGAUGCUUUUUAAACAGUGUUAAAGGAGUUCACACUGAUGCUCGACACUUUAUCGAAUGCUUUUCAGAAUAUUUCGCUCCGAGUCGUCCGUUUAAAAAAAGAUUAUUUUUGUAAAUAAAAUGUUAGUUUUCUAAUGAAAGAAAUGAAUACGUCGGCACGAUUAUAUUUUUGUCUACAACACCGAUUUCACACAUUUAAAUCACACACCUUCAGAUCGAAAGCUUUUCAAGAUCAUGAGAAACAUUUCAGUCGAAUGUCCACAAACUUUUGACCAGUAGUGUACGUUCCUACAAAGGAGGAGAUGGAAAGCUGAGGACUGAAAAUAAAUUCCACUGAACGGUCAGUGGAACGUAUUUGGUUUCCAGCUCCAUCGAAAUCGCUCCUUUUUAUCGUUGUGUCUUCCGAUCCAUUCGCUUAUUCUUUUCACGGUUAAAUUCGGCGAACCGAAGUUUUCGAUUUUUCUCCUAUAAUCCCUCGUCACCAGUCCACAGCUUGCGGAGUAGCCACAGUUUCCCAGAACCAAAGCCGUAGUAGCCGAGAAGUCACUGCUCUUCAAAGCCAAAUCGCUGCACGAGCAAAAGGAAAAAAAGGGAGCGCGAGAGCGAAGAAAGAACGUGGGGAAGGAAGAAACAGGACACUGUACGUCGGCAGAAGGAUCGGUACGAGUAGAAAAGAGACAGGAUAUGCGAAAGGCGUCUGAAGGAAUCAAAGUGAAGGAAGUUGGGAAUGUAGGAACGGGCAGACGAGGCGAGACGGGGAAAGGAAAGUGCGGCGGAAGUACUAAUGUUUUUGGAGAGUGUUUAUCUUCCUGAAGGUGUUGAGGUUAGCGUUUAAUCUUCACUGACUGCUGGACAUUGCAGAAAAGCUUUUCAUGGUAUCAAACCAAUAUACCUGUUUUAUUGUUUAUUUUUUUAUUGCUAGGGACAAAUAGUGUGUUCUUUUUAUUGUCAUUCAUUAUUGUUGACUCUUUUUUUAAAAAUUAUGAUUAUAUUUAUUUAUUAUUACUGCUGCUGCUACUGCUUUUGCUUUAGAUGCUGCUGUCGAUGGUGUUUUUUUUUUGUUUGUUUGUUUGUUUGUUUGUUUGUUUUUUGUUCCCCAAAGGACAAUAAUAGGGUUUUAUUUUUUUGUUACUACUUCUUUUUGUUUGUUUGGUUUUUUUUUAUGUUUCCCAAAACCAAAAAAAGUUGAACCGUUGCAAUGUCUACACGAUAACCAAAUACAUGCAAGACUGAACGUAAAGAAACAAAGACUGUACGAUAGCAUCAAGAAGUGGUGUUUUUUUGUUUGUUUGCUUUUUUUUUUUUAAACAUACAUAGUUUUAGAAAGUUCUAGACACUUCAUGACGAUACAAAUACAGUGUUUCGAUUUCCUCACUAACUAAUUAUUGGUAGAACAAGUAUUAACGGUGCGCAUGGUCAUAUUUAUAUAAGAGCUCUAUUUCAGCGAUUAGCUGUAAUCAUGUAGGUUGGUGUGAUUUCGUGUUAGCUUUAGUCUCUUCCGUCCUGUGGUGGAUGUAGCGUUUUGAAAUUUGUCCUCGUGGUUUUUUGUUUGUUUGUUUGUUUGUUUGUUUGUUUCCUGUUGAAUAGCAGUCUGAGUGGAUGGGCUUAAGAGAAAGGAGGAUUUACAGUUUAAAAAUUGAUAUUACAAUACCUAUAAGAUGGGCUCGACAUUUUCCGCCAUCUUUAUCAGCGUAUUUGCAUCAAACGCACCAGAAAUCACCAUCUUGUGUAUAGUUCUUACAAAAAUCUCUCAGCUUGCCCCACAUGAUCACGUUCUGUCAGUCACUUGCUCUUUCUUUCUGUAGAUCUUGUGAAACAUCACCCAACGAAAGGUGUCCUCCAUUUGUACCAAAAAAAUAAAUAAAAAUAAUAAUAACGAAACGACAUCCUAAAGCAUAUUAAUGCUGAGUCGUCAUGGUGAUACUGACACUGUGCUUGCUAAACAGCCGAAGUCACGUUUACAUUUCCACACACUUAACUGGCAACCGGUUACAGAGUACAUUCACCGAGUGCGUUUACAUGCAUACUAAUAAUCCGAUUAUUACCCGGUCUCGGCAUUCACCGCAUUAUACACGUGGCCGCGUUUGCUGUAUUCACGUGGCCGUGUUUGCUGUAUUCACGUGGCCGUGUAAAUUUUAAAUCGCAUUAGGUACAUUUACAGAAACUUUCUAUACAGAUGACACCUGAAGUUCAUCCCAGUAAUCAGAUUAUUUAGCACACAUUUUCUACAUUUUGUGAGGGAAAAACCAUUUUAUAUAUAAAUAGAGACAGCUUGAGAAGCUUAUGUCCUUAUGAGCCACACUCGAGGAUAAAUUGCCCCGACUUCAAAGCGCCAGUUGGUCCGAUUUUCUUGUCCAAUUAUUAUCCUGUGGUGUGAGGUGUGUAAAUUUGUAACCCCGGAGAUUUACUGGACUCGUGAAGGAUUCUUGAUGUCAUGUAUGAAAGGCUGAUGACCGGUGAGCCUGUCUGCUGCGAUCACAGAAAUGAACGCAAAAUCAAGCAAACUCCCUAAUGUUCGGAGGAGCUUGCCAUUUUUUUAAAAUUACCGCAGAUUUUGGGCCGAGACGCGUCAUGUGACGUCAUCACAACAUGCCUUCAGCCAAAGCCCUCUUCAUUUCAUGUGCGUCGAACACGAGUACAGCUAAAACGUCUCAUUUACCAACAACCACCACGGCUGGCGAAAGACCGUGCAGAACCAUUUUGUGCAGUUACAAUUUCACCAAUUAAAAAAAAAAGCACAAAAAAUUCGCAACUUGCAUGGCAGA